ACCUCCGUGUACGGUAGCCGCCGCGGGACAAAAACAUACGCCCUCCAUCCCACACACACACAUACACAUAAGCAGACUUCAUAAAAACUACAGAGGGACGUCAGGAAACUGCAGCACAGCCACCUUCUCACUCAGCUUUCAGAAUCAUGAUGGAGCUUUCAUUUCAAUCCAUGAAAGUCUCCCACCAAGCCCGGGAAGCGGAUGAGCUGAGGACUGAGACAAGGAGGAAGAGUCUCCUCAUCCUCAUUUACCAACACCUACUGGGUCAAGGCUACCUGUCUGCAGCAGUGGCCUUGGACCAGGAGACGAAUGGAGGUGUGAGGAGGUUCGAGGUCUGUGAUAACAUCGAUCUGGAGAUGGUGCUGAUGGACUACGAGAGUUAUCACUACAUCAAGUUCCAGAGAUAUCCCAAACUUAUCAGAAAAACAACAGAACCAGGCGAAAAAAGAAAAACAAGAAGUGGUGGAGUAAAGAGGAGUCCCUGUUCGGUUGGGAGGCCUCUUCCCAAAAUCAACCAGUCCCCGAGCACACAGUCUGGAUUUGGAGCCAAGAGGAAUGCUUCAUGUUCACAUACAAAUGAGAAUGUCUCUUCUGGUCCUCCGGAGUCGUCAGAGUUUGGUCUCAACGUUUCUUCCAUCAGAAAUGGACCAGCUGGUGAGGAAGCCAUGAACAGAAAGGACCAGAUGACUGACGGCAAAAGUUCCAGCUAUGAUACAGUUAAAGGAGCUGGCAGUGACUCGGAGCACAUGGAACGGCUGCUGAAGCCCCUCAGUGGCUUUUCUGGAAUGACCAGUGAGAUGAGCGAACUUGCCGCAAUCAUCAGCAGGGACAUCUAUUUGCACAGCCCCAACGUGCGGUGGGAGGACAUCAUCGGCCUGGAGGACGCAAAGCGAUUAGUCAAAGAGGCCGUCGUCUAUCCCAUUAAGUACCCCCAGCUGUUUACAGGCAUCCUGUCUCCGUGGAAAGGCUUGCUGCUCUACGGCCCCCCAGGCACAGGUAAGACGCUGUUGGCCAAGGCCGUGGCUACAGAGUGCAAGACGACCUUCUUCAACAUUUCAGCCUCCAGUAUCGUCAGCAAGUGGAGAGGAGACUCUGAGAAGCUGGUCAGGGUUCUGUUUGAGCUGGCCAGGUACCACGCCCCAUCCACCAUCUUCCUGGAUGAGCUGGAGUCGGUGAUGAGCCAGAGAGGAACCAGCAUGGGAGGAGAGCAUGAGGGAAGUCGCAGGAUGAAGACGGAGCUGCUGGUUCAGAUGGACGGACUGGCGAGAUCUGAGGACCUUGUGUUCGUACUGGCUGCCUCCAACCUGCCAUGGGAACUGGACCACGCCAUGCUGAGGAGGUUAGAGAAGAGGAUUUUAGUAAGCCUCCCCUCCUCGCCAGCUCGCCAAGCCAUGAUCUCUCAUUGGCUGCCUCCUCUCAGCUCCACAGGAGGGGUGGAGCUACGAACUGAGCUGGACUACGAAACUCUGGCGAAGGAGAUGGAGGGUUACUCUGGUUCUGAUACAAGACUGGUGUGCAAGGAGGCCGCCAUGAGACCAGUCCGCAAGAUCUUUGAUGCUCUGGAGUCACAUAAGGAUGGAGACACCGACAUGCUGGCCAUUCAGCUGGAAACUGUGACCACAGCCGACUUCCUGGAAGUCAUCACGCACACCAAACCCUCGGCCAAGAACCUGGUGGACAGAUACGCAGCCUGGGAGAGAGAGUACGAGUCUGUCUGACACGCAGACACUUUUUGAGAAAGGACUUGAAUACUGACACGCCAGUAUAUCUGACGGAGGAAGGUUUGUUUUCUGUACUCUCUGUUGUUAGUGGGAGCCAGGGUAAGAUUGUGCUCUUUAUUAGGGCUUUUCUAAAUAACUUAUUUCAAGCUAAAGAUUAUAUACAUUAAUUACAUAAAGACUCAAUAUAUGUUCCAUGUUAACUUCUGGUGGAAUAUUUCAGUCAAUUAAAAAAAUCUUGCCACCCCUCAAAAUAUAUUUACCUUGAAUUAAGAGGAAUUUUGAGAACUAACUUGAAUUUUUGUCUAUCUUUUGUCAUAAAAAAUAAAUAAAUUAAAAUGGCAAAAAUAAAACAAGAAGCUGUAAACUUUGGUAUUCUGAGCCAGUUCGACUAAUUAGUAUGCAAUCUGUGAUUGUAUUUGUCUUUUUUUUCUGUACAAUGAUUAUAUACACAAUGAAGUAAUAAACAGUAAAACCUG